AUGUUCGCAAGAGCCCCUAUCUGCUUCACUUGCAAGCGGCAAUAUGCUCUGCGACCAUUCCGAUGGUCACAAAAUCAAGACCUUCAUGCCUCACGGGUAUUGGAGCUCCCACGCCGUCGUAACUUUUUCUCAUCCAAUGCCUACCUCUACCAAAAAGGUAACCAGAACGUGGGCUCCCCCGAGCAAGUAGAAUCCCAAAAACAGCGCAGGCGCGGCACUAGAACUCCAGCAGCAUCCACUUCCCUGCGAAGAGUUGCAGUGGAAGCACAAAGAUCAAAAGAUGGAAUUCUCUCAAAAGCUAUGCUCCGAGAGCAGGGCAUUCAGACUAAGUCCUCUGGAUCACAGACAGUGACUGCCUAUACGGUUGCUGAGAAAUUUGACAUACGAAAAGUGCGUGACAUAUUACAAGAGAAAGGGUAUGAACCGGAUCCGCUGGAAACAGGGCUGUAUCCACAAGUUGUUCAUGUCCAGGUCCCUAUGGAUUCAAUACGCCGAGUUGGAAACCCAUCAACAGAAGAUCUAUCAUCUGACAAAGUUGGUGAUUUAUUCGUCUUCCCUUCAGGCACUGUGGUGGCAUGGUCUCUUCCAGAGGGAUUUACAUCUUUCUUAGCGACAAGGACUCUCCUCCCGGCAGCCGAGGGUGCCCAUGUGGAUGAGCUGGAAACCGAAGAUCUUGACUAUGUUGAAGAUCCAAACCGUGAAAACAGCACUAUCAAGGGCGAUACAAUUAUUCUGGGUACUAAAUCAGUGAACGAAAACCCGAACACCCAUCUCGUAGCGAGAGAGUCUAUCGAUACUGUCUUGGCUAAAGUUGCAUUCUCGUCAGGCUUAGCUCGAAGCACAAAGCUCGCUGUUCUAGAGACCCUGCUAUCGAAUUAUUUUGAAUCGACCCGCCCUAUCCCCACUAUGCUAUCACAAGGAUCUCGUCUCCCCUUUACACGAGACUUCAUCCUCCGAAAGACAGGACAGCUGCUUUGUGUGCGCGCCCAGCUCAAUCUCUACUCAGAACUCACCGACUCUCUUCCAGAUCUCUUCUGGGACAGUCGACAUGAGCUUGGUCUGGAAGGGUACUAUGAACAAGUGGGUCGAGCAUUGGAUGUGGGUAUCCGCAUCAAGCUUCUGAAUGAGAAAAUGGAUUACGCACAAGAGAUCGCUAGUGUACUGCGUGAACGACUCAGUGAAACUCACGGUCUUCGGCUUGAGUGGAUCAUCAUUCUUCUCAUCGCUGUUGAGGUUGGCUUUGAGCUUAUGAGACAGUGGAAAGAGAGAAUGCAUGAGAAAGAGAAGAAUGCCCACCAGAGUGAUGCUUCGGUUGUCUGA